AUGAACUUAGACCUCGAUGCCUUCUACUAUUCGCGAUUACGUCGCCGUACACAAUUUGCUCAGCAGAUCAGCAAUACAUUAACGGCUGCGGGCGUUCCAACAGAUUCUGCUGCUGCCGGCGCAGCUGAAGCUUCGAGUCCUAGCAAAAAGCGUGGAAUUGGCAUGACACUUUCACCCGGAGAAGAGUACGAAAAUUAUCAAAAAGUGCAAGCGACAAUGCUGGGAGAUGACGCUUUAUUUAUUACGGAAGACGGCAUGGGUAUGGUUCAUCAAGAAGAGGAAGAAGAAGACGACGAUGAAGAGGAAGAGAAACGUGCAUCCCACAAUGAAAAAGUGUUGCCACUCAAUCAGCUAACAGGUGACGCAACAGAUCGAGAAGAAUUGCGAAAAGCUGCUGGCAUCACGAUAAAAAAGACCCAAAAACGACGCUCAGCGCUAACGGAACGAACAAUUCGCGGUAAGGAAGAUCUAACACGUCCGACAGCUCGAAUGAUAGACCCGCUUGGCCGCUUUCGUCUCUUUUGGGACCUCACGAGUAUCAGUUUCAUUUUCUACAACGCUAUUGUUUUACCGUUUAAGGCAACAUUUGAUGUGGAGGCCAAGGACAACCCAUUUGAGACCGUGCUAGAUGUAUUUUUUCUUAUCGACAUUAUAUUGACCUUUAAUACUGCGAUCGAGAAGGAAGGCUCUAUACGGUACAAUCGCCGACUGGUAGCAGAGACGUAUCUCAAGUCGUGGUUUCUUGUGGACCUAAUUGCAGCCUUACCGUACGGUUAUAUCUUCACCGAAGAUGGCCAUUACAGUGCGACUCUGAGGAAAUCUGUCAAACUGCUGAGACUCAUUCGCUUAUUACGGCUGCUCCGCAUCUCACGCAUCUUACGACGCAUUCAGAACGCCGUUUUCAUUCGAUCUACUCUCAGCUCACUCAUGAAAUACUGCCUCAUGGUAAUCUUUAUUAACCACUGGUUCAGCUGUAUCUUUCACGCUAUCGGAUCAAGCAACAUCGAGGAGAGCUGGAUAAGGGCCCAAGGUCUUGAAGAACCAGAUGCGAACAAGUGGGAUCGCUACGUGGCUGCGUUAUACUUCUCCGUCCAGACACUCUCAACUAUCGGCUUCGGGGAUGUGGCUUCGCAAAGCGCACACGAGCGACUGUUUUGCGUGCUUGCAAUGAUUGUCGGUGGAGGCAUCUUUGCCUACGGUAUUACCAAUAUCGUAGAACUUGUGUCAAGCCUGACGAUCCAGGAGACCGUGUUUCGACAAAAACUGGAUGAAGUGAACGAGUACAUGAGCGCGCGUGAGCUGCCAAUUAAGCUCCGCAUGGAGAUUCGCGAGUUCUACCACAACACACGGCAAUCACGGGAGAGUAAACUCAACUCGGAGCAGCAAAUUCUGAACGAUCUGUCGUCCAAGUUACGAUCAAAAAUCGCGUUGAGCAUUAACGAUCAAUUCUUGCGGAAGUUCCCAUUUUUCACAGGCAGUGAACCCAAUUUUUUGAUGGAACUCGCACUAAACAUGCGCGUGAUCCAUUUCGCUCCACUUGAAGACGCAAUUAUCGAAGGAGAAAUCGGUCACGAGAUGUUCUUUAUCUUCCGUGGCGCUGUGGAGGUCGUGAAGAAGAACGUGCGCAUUGGAAUCCUGGGCGAGAAUCAAUACUUCGGUGAGAUGGCCAUCUUGAGUCCCGACAAUCGCAGGACGGCAACAGUGCGAACGCUGUGCUUCUGCGAGCUACGAAUGCUCUCACGUGCUCGCUUUCUAGAGGCGCUGGCUCUCUUCCCAGCGAUGCAAGCGAAGAUGGCGCAGAUUGCACAGGGUCGCGCUGCCGCGGUGAACUUUGAUCCGAUUAAUGAGAAACAGAAGCAGAAAUCGGGCCAUUUCAGCGGCAACAACCUCAUGACGGCAGCAGCAGCGUUCUCCUUAUCCCCCACGUUCGCUCGCCAUUUAUCGGCUGCGCGGUUGCCUUUAGAGCAACGACCUUCGGAACGACUCGCAACCCACAUCCGUGCACCGACUUCUGUUCGGAUAAACAGCAACGUACGUCGAAGCUCUGGCAACGUCGGGUCGGUUGGAAUUAGUCCGGUCAUGUCGAUCAUGAUCGGUGAAAUCACUUCCUUACUUGAAGAAGCCACUCGUCGACAGGAUCUUCUAAUGACUCAAGUACGCACGCUGAAGGAAGACGUUGACAGGAUACGUAUGCCUGUGACGGACAUGGACGAAAGGAGAAACACCAACGAAGAUCUAUCUGACAUUUUCGAAAAGAACAACAAGUGA